GAGUCUGAGUGCAAACACGGAGCUUUGACAGUGGUGCACACACGAAAAAUAACUGAGCAUGGCGUCGGGUCAUUUGUGCAAGCUACACAGUCUAAUGACGAGACUUUCUAGCUGCACCACAGCACGACAUGUACAAAAAUGUUUGGUGCCAAUGCGACAGAAGUCCAGUGGUCCUUCACUUGAUAGUCCUGACGGUACUCCGGAAAUUGGUGUGACCUCAGAUGGGAAUACCAUAGUGUGCUACCAUCCCGCUGCUGACAUUCCCUAUGAGCUGACCCAGCCUAUAGAUCGUCCAGACCCCCUGACCAACCAGACUGAGACCCACGACAUGAUUUUAAAGGCCCACCUCAGCAAGGAGGUGCUGCGGGACAAAAAGGGACCAACUAUUGAGGAGUUGAGCAAAAUGUUCUUCACCACCAAACACCGCUGGUAUCCAUUAGGACAGUACCACCAGAGACGCAGAAACAGGAAUCCCCCAAAGGACAGAUAGUUGAAGUCUGAAGUUACAAACCUUCAAAUUAUGUUUGUUCAUGUUAUUGACACAAUUCUGUAUAAUAAACUGUUUAAUAUUUCA